CUCUUCUCCGGGAAUCCGAGCUACAAUUAAAGCAGUCACUGCGGGCUCCCUGAGUUGUGUGGUGCUCCUGGACCGUCUCUGUCGUCUGCUAGUUACUUAAAUCCCUAUAACCAUGUCUGACGAAGAAGAAGUUUACUCCGAAGAAGAGGAGGAGGAAGAUGAAGUCGUCGAAACAAAAACGACAACUACCACCACUACCACCAAAGUCGAGGAAGGAGCCGGCGAUCCAGAAUUCAUAAAACGGCAAGACCAGAAGAGGUCCGACCUCGACGAGCAGCUGCGCGAGUACAUCACAGAAUGGCGCAAGCAGCGCGCAAAGGAAGAGGACGACCUCAAGAAGCUGAAGGAGAAGCAGGCCAAGCGCAAGAUCGCGCGCGCAGAUGAGGAGAGGAAGAUGGCUGAAAGGAAGAAGGCAGAAGAAGAACGUCGUGUUCGCGAGAUCGAAGAGAAGAAACAGCGCGACAUCGAGGAGAAGAGGCAACGCCUCGAAGAGGCUGAAAAGAAACGCCAGGCCAUGAUGCAGGCCCUCAAGGACCAGAACAAGAACAAGGGGCCCAACUUCACCAUCACCAAGAGGGAUGCUUCAUCUAACCUUUCUGCCGCUCAGUUGGAACGCAACAAGACCAAGGAGCAACUCGAGGAAGAGAAGAAAAUUUCCCUUUCCAUCCGCAUCAAGCCCUUGGUCGUUGAUGGUCUGGGCGUAGAUAAACUCCGUCUGAAAGCACAAGAACUUUGGGAAUGCAUCGUCAAGUUGGAGACUGAAAAGUACGACUUGGAAGAGAGGCAGAAACGUCAAGACUACGAUCUCAAAGAGCUGAAAGAAAGACAGAAACAACAGCUGAGACACAAAGCCUUGAAGAAGGGUCUAGACCCAGAAGCCCUAACCGGCAAAUACCCGCCUAAAAUCCAAGUAGCCUCCAAAUAUGAACGUCGUGUUGACACGAGGUCGUAUGGAGACAAAAAGAAGCUAUUCGAAGGGGGAUUAGAAGAAAUCAUUAAAGAGACCAAUGAAAAGAGCUGGAAAGAGAAAUUUGGACAGUUCGAUUCCAGACAAAAGGCAAGACUUCCCAAGUGGUUCGGUGAACGUCCUGGCAAAAAACCUGGAGAUCCCGAAACUCCAGAAGGCGAGGAGGAGGGCAAACAAGUCAUUGAUGAGGAUGACGACCUCAAGGAGCCUGUAAUCGAAGCUGAAAUUGAAGAAGAGGAGGAAGAAGAGGAAGUCGAGGUCGAUGAAGAAGAAGAGGAUGACGAAGAAGAAGAAGAAGAAGAGUGAAUGCCAAGGCAGAAGAUAAUCAUGAAAUCAACAUUAGAUAACAUCAUAAUAUCUUCAUCGGCUGACGUGGUAGUUCCCUUCAGCAGUUAUUU